AUGUUGGCUUACAUUGUUAUGAUGGUAUUCGUUGUGGCAAAAGUAUCUUCGUCUGCUUCCUGGAAUCUUACAACUCUGCCCGUUAGCUUUGGAAACGACGUUAUUUUGUGGUGCUCCAUGGGUGAGAAAAAGGAAAACAAUUUUUCAAAACAACGAACAGAUCUUCGACAGUGGACAGGGGGCCAAAAAUACGAUUUGCUUUGUAUGGAUAAUGAAUGUCUAAAUCCAUCUAAGUAUGAAAUGUUAACACGAAAUAACAGUCAAGAUUUUGGGUUAUUAAUUCACAAUUUAAGUGAAUCAGAUUUAGACUGCCAAUACACGUGUUCCUGUGGAUUUUCUGAUUUCACUAAGAAUCUAUCUGUCGAACCAAAACAUGUUAUGUCUCUACCAGCAAAUGAAACAACAACAACAAAUGGAAAAAAUAUCAACAAUGGCAAAAUGGAAAUAGAAAUUAUGCUAGAAAAGGUGAACCCUGUCCCUGUUUGUUCAGCGCUGUUUAAGGGGUUGUUUAUCAAUGAGACAACUGUUGCUGUUAUGAAAUGGUAUACAUAUUAUAACGAUGUCAAAGUGAUUUAUGAUUUUCUUGUUGACGAUGCCGGUUGUGAAGGUAGACUGCAAAUACUGUGUACACUGGUGUAUCGUAAUGUUACAAUUUUUGACGAAUAUAUAGAUAUGUGUCAGGGACGUAAGGCUAAGUUUGGUGUGCGAUGUUGGGCCAAUGAAAAGAAGACACACGUUGAAAGGACAAAUGGCAAUCAAGUGCAAUUACUGACUCCUUCAGAAAAAUAUCAACAGGAAAAAGAAACAUCAACAAUGAUGGAAGUCUAG